AUGAGCGAUGAGAUUUCUCCGCCGGCUGAUCAAUUAGCCUCCGUAUCUUUGGGAAACGAUGGAUCCUCUUCGUCGACGGUGCAAAAAGCGAAGUUUUCGGACCGGGUUCUGAUUAGAUCCAUUUUGGGUCGACCCGACGGCGGAGCUGGACUCGCCGGCCAAAAGGUCAGAAUCGGCGGAUGGGUUAAAACGGGAAGGGAACAAGGAAAAGGGACUUUCGCUUUCCUUGAGGUGAAUGAUGGAUCUUGCCCAGCGAACCUUCAGGUUAUGGUGGAAUCGUCUGUAUCAGAUCUCUCUCCGCUGGUUGCGACGGGAACUUGUGUGAUCGUUGAUGGGGUUUUGAAGAUGCCACCAGCAGGUAAAGGUACGAAGCAGAAGAUUGAACUUAGCGUCGAGAAGGUGAUACAUUUGGGACCGGUGGAUCCGGCUAAGUACCCGCUUCCUAAGACUAAGUUGACUCUCGAGUUCUUGAGAGAUUAUCUUCAUCUUCGUUCAAGAACCAACUCGAUUUCAGCAGUUGCAAGAAUCCGCAAUGCGCUUGCUUUCGCGACCCACUGUUUCUUUCAAGAGUAUGGUUUCCUGUACAUUCACACUCCUAUCAUCACGACAAGUGAUUGCGAAGGUGCUGGUGAAAUGUUCCAAGUAACAACCUUGAUCAACGAAAUGGAGAAGUUGGAGAGGGAGCUCAUUCAGAACCCUCCGCCUACAGAGGCUGACGUUGAAGCUGCCAAGCUCUUUGUCAAGGAGAAAGGUGAAGCUGUAGCGCAACUCAAAGCUGCUAAAGCAAGCAAGGAAGAGAUCACUGCUUCCGUUGCUGAGCUUACUAAGGCUAAGGAGACUUUAGCUAUGGUUGAAGAGAGGUCAAAGCUUAAGCCUGGAUUACCUAAAAAAGAUGGAAAAAUUGAUUAUUCCAAAGACUUCUUUGGUCGUCAAGCUUUCUUGACGGUUUCUGGUCAGUUACAAGUGGAAACCUAUGCUUGCGCUCUUAGCAGCGUGUAUACAUUUGGUCCGACUUUCCGUGCAGAGAACUCACACACCUCAAGGCAUCUAGCUGAGUUCUGGAUGGUUGAGCCUGAAUUAGCUUUUGCAGAUCUACAGGACGACAUGAACUGUGCGGAGGCGUAUGUGAGAUACAUGUGCCAGUGGUUGCUUGAAAAAUGUUACGAUGACAUGGAACUUAUAGCUAAGAAUUUCGACAAGGAAUGCAUUGACAGACUAAAGCUGGUUGCCUCAACCCCGUUUGGGCGUGUAACGUACACUGAAGCAAUAAAACUACUUCAAGAAGCCGUGGCGAAAGGAAAGAAAUUCGAGAACAACGUAGAGUGGGGAAUCGACCUAGCUUCUGAGCAUGAAAGAUACUUGACAGAGGUUAUAUUUCAAAAGCCUCUUAUUGUCUAUAACUACCCGAAAGGGAUCAAAGCCUUUUACAUGAGACUCAACGAUGAUAAAGAGACGGUUGCUGCCAUGGAUGUCCUCGUCCCAAAGGUUGGAGAACUCAUUGGUGGAAGCCAAAGGGAAGAGCGGUACGACGGCAUCAAGGAAAGGAUCGAAGAGAGUGGUCUACCAAUUGAGCCAUACGAGUGGUACAUUGACUUGCGUCGUUAUGGAACAGUGAAGCAUUGUGGAUUCGGACUUGGCUUCGAACGUAUGAUUCUGUUUGCUACCGGAAUCGAUAACAUCAGAGAUGUCAUUCCCUUCCCUCGUUAUCCUGGAAGAGCUGAUCUUUGA